GGCCCAGUCGUUUCCAAACAGAUCAAGACCAUGACAAUCCUCGGGUCCCUGCUGCUGCCACUGGGGCUGUUUCUGUGCCUUGGACUGCUGUGUUCUCCUGCCAGCUGUACAAAUCACAAUGACAACUGCAUGUUCUUCCGUAAGGUCAUUGCCACCACUUACUCAGGAAUCCAUGCCAACCCAAACAUCUAUAAAAGCAAUACAGUCUACACAGUGUCAGUUCCUGUGAAUCACAGUAUUAGCUCUGUGGUCCUGCAAGCAAUAGACCAGCACAAAUCAGUCAUUGGCUCCUGGCAAAAAGCUGACAAGUAUUGCAACAGCAGCGUCUUAUACCACAUGAAGAGCCCAUACAGCAAGCUCUUCAAGGCAAAAUGGGUAUCUCCUAGUUCCAUGAACAUAACUGCAGUCAAGCUACGAGUCUUCACCGUCGAUUUCCACAACAUGGCUAGAGUUUUUUUUAAGAUGCUGAGAAGAAAUGGGACAACCUCAGACUUGACCACCAAGAUCUCCACAAUGAAGCCAACCCCAACCCCAACCCCGACCCACAAGCUAACCACAACCCCGACCCACAAGCUAACCACAACCCCGACUCACCAACUAACCACAACCCCGACCCACAAGCUAACCCCAACCCCGACCCACAAGCUAACCCCAACCCCGACCCACAAGCUAACCACAACCCCGACCCACAAGCUAACCACAAUCCCGACCCACAAACUAACCACAGUCCCGACCCACAAACUAACCACAACCCCGACCCACAAGCUAACCACAAUCCCGACCCACAAACUAACCACAGUCCCGACCCACAAACUAACCACAAGCCCGACCCACAAACUAACCACAGUCCCGACCCACAAACUAACCACAAACCCGACCCACAAACUAACCACAAGCCUGACCCACAAACUAACCACAAACCCGGCCCACAAACUAACCACAACCCCCAAGUUAACCACAAUCCGAACCACAGCCAAAAGCUCAGCCAACAGAGCCUUCCUCAGCCCCAUGAGAGAUGCCAUUCAGAUCCUGCUCGUCCUUCUCACCAGCAAACUCCUCUUCUAG